UUUCCGGCGGGCGGCGCGUGCGCAGAAGGAGCAGGGCAGAAGGACCCGGCAGGGAGCGCGGAAGAGAGAGAGGCGGCGGCGGCACCCGACCCUAGUGACGGCGGUGCCAAGUAUCGCGAGAAGUGGCGCGGCGCCGGCGCUAGAGGUGACCGAGGCAGCGGCGACAGCAGCCCCGGGUGCCUCCCGGGCGCGGCCCCCAGCCAUGGACAAGGCGGAAGGAGACGGUGGCGGCGACGAUGCCGGGAGCCCCGCGGCCGGGCCGGGUCCCCCCGCGGGGCUGAGCGGCGGCAAGUCCUCGGCGGCGGCGGCGGCGGCGGCGGCGCCGCGGGGGCUGGUGCGGGUCUGCGACCUGCUGCUGCACAAGAAGCCGCAGAAACCCAAGCGCAGCCGGACCUGCCGCCCGGCCAGCAGCAGCGACAGCGGGGGCAGCGAGAGCAGCGAGGGCGGCAGCGAGGAGGAGGAGGAGGAGGAGGAGGUGUCCGAGGUGGAGUCAUUCAUUUUGGAUCAAGAUGAUUUGGAAAAUCCAAUGUUGGAGACUGCUUCCAAAUUGCUUUUGUCUAGUACUGCUGAUGGUGCUGACUUGAGGACAGUAGACCCAGAAACCCAAGCUAGAUUAGAAGCUUUACUUGAAGCUGCAGGAAUAGGUAAAUUAUCCACUGCUGACGGUAAAGCAUUUGCAGAUCCCGAGGUGCUUCGUAGACUGACUUCCUCGGUCAGCUGUGCGUUGGAUGAAGCUGCUGCUGCACUUACCCGAAUGAGAGCGGAAAGCACAGCAAAUGCAGGGCAGACGGACAACCGCAGUUUGGCAGAAGCUUGUUCAGAAGGAGAUGUAAAUGCUGUGCGAAAGUUGCUGAUUGAAGGGAGAAGUGUGAAUGAGCACACAGAAGAAGGGGAAAGUCUCCUUUGUUUAGCCUGCUCAGCUGGAUACUAUGAGCUUGCACAGGUUCUUCUGGCGAUGCAUGCUAACGUAGAAGACCGAGGUAUUAAAGGAGACAUAACACCUUUAAUGGCUGCUGCUAAUGGCGGACACGUCAAAAUUGUGAAGUUGCUGCUAGCUCAUGGUGCUGACGUCAAUGCACAGUCAUCAACAGGCAACACAGCACUUACCUAUGCCUGUGCUGGGGGCUAUGUAGAUGUUGUGAAGGUACUGUUGGAAUCCGGCGCUAGCAUUGAGGACCACAAUGAAAAUGGUCACACUCCACUUAUGGAAGCAGGAAGUGCUGGACAUGUGGAAGUAGCCAGAGUGCUGUUAGAAAACGGAGCAGGAAUCAAUACACAUUCCAAUGAAUUUAAGGAGAGUGCACUUACAUUGGCUUGUUACAAAGGCCAUUUAGAAAUGGUGAGGUUUCUUCUGGAGGCAGGUGCAGACCAGGAGCAUAAAACAGAUGAAAUGCACACUGCUUUAAUGGAAGCUUGUAUGGAUGGCCAUGUGGAAGUUGCUAGGUUGCUUCUUGACAGUGGUGCUCAAGUGAACAUGCCUGCUGACUCUUUUGAGUCUCCGUUAACGCUGGCAGCCUGUGGUGGACAUGUAGAGCUUGCAGCGUUAUUAAUUGAACGUGGGGCUAACUUGGAGGAGGUAAAUGAUGAAGGAUAUACACCACUAAUGGAAGCAGCCAGAGAAGGUCAUGAAGAGAUGGUGGCAUUAUUGUUAGGUCAAGGAGCAAACAUCAAUGCUCAAACAGAAGAGACUCAGGAAACUGCCCUAACUUUAGCUUGCUGUGGAGGUUUUCUGGAGGUUGCUGAUUUUCUUAUUAAGGCAGGAGCUGAUAUAGAGCUUGGAUGUUCCACACCUCUAAUGGAAGCUGCUCAAGAGGGUCAUUUGGAGCUCGUUAAAUAUUUACUAGCUGCUGGGGCUAAUGUGCAUGCAACAACAGCAACAGGUGACACAGCACUGACAUAUGCAUGUGAAAAUGGCCAUACUGAUGUAGCAGAUGUCUUACUUCAGGCAGGUGCAGAUUUGGAACAUGAAUCAGAAGGUGGAAGAACUCCUUUAAUGAAAGCUGCAAGAGCAGGUCAUGUUUGCACUGUUCAGUUCUUGAUUAGCAAAGGAGCAAAUGUGAAUAGGACCACAGCUAACAAUGAUCAUACAGUAUUGUCACUGGCCUGUGCUGGAGGUCAUUUGGCAGUUGUGGAAUUACUGCUAGCUCAUGGAGCUGAUCCUACACACCGACUGAAAGAUGGUUCAACUAUGUUGAUAGAAGCAGCUAAAGGUGGUCAUACUAGCGUGGUUUGCUACCUGCUGGAUUAUCCAAAUAACUUGCUUUCUGCUCCUGCACCUGAUGCCACCCAGCUGACCCCACCAUCCCAUGAUUUAAAUAGGGCUCCUCGUGUACCAGUGCAGGCACUGCCCAUGGUCGUCCCACCCCAGGAGCCUGACAAACCCCCUGCCAAUGUCGCCACAACCCUUCCCAUCAGAAAUAAAGCUGCUUCUAAACAAAAGUCCAGCAGCCAUUUGCCAGCAAACAACCAGGAUGUACAGGGUUACAUCACCAAUCAGUCUCCAGAGAGCAUUGUAGAAGAGGCUCAGGGCAAGUUAACAGAGCUUGAGCAGAGGAUAAAAGAAGCCAUAGAAAAAAAUGCUCAACUGCAGUCCUUGGAAUUGGCACAUGCUGAUCAGCUUACCAAGGAGAAGAUUGAGGAAUUGAACAAAACGAGAGAGGAACAAAUUCAGAAGAAACAAAAGAUUUUGGAGGAACUGCAGAAAGUAGAGCGAGAGUUACAACUGAAAACGCAGCAGCAGCUAAAAAAGCAAUAUCUAGAGGUUAAAGCGCAAAGAAUUCAGCUUCAGCAGCAGCAGCAACAGCAGUCUUGCCAGCAUCUGGGACUACUGACUCCUGUUGGGGUUGGAGAACAACUUUCAGAGGGGGACUAUGCACGAUUACAGCAGGUGGACCCCAUCUUGCUCAAGGAUGAUCCUCAGCAAACUGCUGCGCAGAUGGGCUUUGCACCUAUUCAGCCUCUGGCGAUGCCACAAGCUUUGCCUCUGGCAACAGGUUCCCUACCUCCAGGGUCCAUCGCAAAUCUUACAGAACUGCAAGGUGUUAUAGUUGGACAGCCAGUGUUGGGCCAAGCACAGCUGGCAGGGCUGGGGCAAGGAAUUCUGACAGAAACUCAGCAAGGGUUAAUGGUAGCCAGCCCUGCUCAGACCCUCAAUGACACGCUGGAUGACAUCAUGGCAGCAGUGAGUGGAAGAGCAUCUGCAAUGUCAAACACUCCUACCCAUAGCAUUGCAACUUCUGUCUCCCAACCUCAGACGCCAGCUCCAAGUCCUAUCAUUUCUCCUUCAACCAUGCUACCGAUCUACCCUGCCAUAGAUAUUGAUGCACAGACGGAGAGUAAUCAUGACACAGCAUUGACACUUGCAUGUGCUGGUGGCCAUGAAGAAUUAGUACAAACACUGCUAGAGAGAGGCGCUAAUAUUGAGCAUAGGGACAAAAAAGGAUUUACUCCGCUUAUUUUGGCUGCAACAGCUGGUCAUGUUGGUGUUGUCGAAAUCUUGUUGGACAAUGGUGCAGAUAUUGAAGCCCAAUCUGAGAGAACCAAGGACACGCCGUUGUCUUUGGCUUGUUCAGGGGGAAGACAGGAGGUGGUGGAGCUGCUGCUAGCUCGAGGGGCAAACAAAGAGCACAGGAAUGUUUCUGAUUACACACCUCUAAGUCUAGCUGCUUCUGGUGGCUAUGUGAACAUCAUCAAAAUCCUACUCAAUGCUGGUGCAGAAAUCAAUUCUAGAACUGGUAGCAAACUGGGCAUUUCUCCUUUAAUGUUGGCAGCUAUGAAUGGGCACACUGCUGCUGUUAAGCUACUGUUGGACAUGGGUUCUGAUAUUAAUGCCCAGAUAGAGACCAAUCGGAAUACUGCCUUGACUUUGGCCUGUUUCCAAGGAAGAACUGAAGUGGUUAGCCUACUGCUUGACAGAAAAGCUAAUGUCGAGCACAGAGCUAAGACUGGUCUCACACCACUAAUGGAAGCUGCCUCGGGUGGGUAUGCAGAGGUAGGCAGAGUUCUUCUGGACAAAGGUGCAGAUGUUAAUGCUCCACCAGUACCCUCAUCGAGAGAUACAGCUUUAACCAUAGCAGCAGACAAAGGGCACUACAAGUUCUGUGAGCUUCUCAUUAGCAGGGGAGCUCACAUUGAUGUACGGAAUAAGAAGGGGAAUACUCCACUAUGGCUUGCAGCAAAUGGUGGGCAUCUAGAUGUUGUCCAGCUACUGGUACAAGCUGGAGCAGAUGUGGAUGCUGCUGAUAACAGAAAGAUAACGCCUCUUAUGGCAGCCUUUCGAAAGGGUCAUGUAAAGGUGGUGCGCUACCUAGUGAAAGAAGUAAACCAGUUUCCAUCAGAUUCAGAAUGUAUGCGAUACAUAGCAACGAUUACUGACAAGGAGAUGUUAAAGAAGUGUCACCUUUGUAUGGAAUCAAUAGUACAAGCCAAAGAUAGACAGGCUGCUGAAGCAAACAAAAAUGCAAGCAUUCUUUUAGAAGAGCUGGAUUUAGAGAAGCUGAGGGAAGAAAGCAGGAGGCUGGCUUUGGCUGCCAAAAGAGAGAAAAGAAAAGAGAAACGGAGAAAGAAAAAGGAAGAACAAAGAAGAAAACUAGAAGAAAUAGAAGCAAAAAAUAAAGAGAAUUUUGAACUACAAGCUGCUCAAGAGAAGGAAAAGCUGAAAGCUGAAGAUGAGCCUGAAGUCCUAAUGGAGCCUCCAUGUGCCACCACUACAACCACCAUAGGUAUAUCUGCAACGUGGACUACGUUAGCAGGUUCCCAUGGGAAAAGGAACAAUACCAUCACCACAACCAGCUCCAAGAGGAAAAGCAGGAAAAACAAAAUUCACCCAGAUAAUGUUCAGAUUCUAUUUGAUGAUCAGCUCCCAAUCUCCUUUGGUCAAUCAGAAAAAGCCAAUGGCGAGUCGAAGAGCAGCAGUACCAGUGAAAGUGGUGACAGUGAUAACAUGAGGAUUUCCAGCUGUAGUGACGAAAGCAGCAAUAGCAACAGCAGCCACAAAAGUGAGAGUCAUUCUUCCACAGCAGCCACUAACACGCUGAGCAACAAGAAACAGCCAUCAGUACUUGUCACUUUUCCAAAGGACGAGAGGAAAGCAAUUUCUGGCAAAUCAUCAAUCAAAUUGUCUGAGGUUAUCAGUGAAGUAACCAGCAACUCCUUGUCCACUUGCACAAAAUCUGGACCUUCUCCCCUUUCUUCUCCAAAUGGAAAAUUAACCAUAGCUAGCCCUAAACGUGGUCAGAAGAGAGAAGAAGGAUGGAAGGAGGUUGUAAGAAGAUCAAAGAAGGUUUCUGUCCCAUCAACAGUAAUUUCCAGAGUCAUUGGAAGAGGAGGCUGUAACAUCAAUGCUAUCCGGGAGUUCACUGGAGCACAUAUAGACAUCGACAAACAGAAAGACAAGACAGGGGACAGAAUAAUAACAAUCAGGGGUGGCACAGAAUCAACAAGACAAGCCACACAGUUGAUCAAUGCUCUUAUUAAGGAUCCAGAUAAGGAAAUUGAUGAACUCAUUCCAAAGAAUCGUUUGAAAAGUUCUGCAGCAAAUUCCAAAAUAGGGUCGUCAACACCUGCUGCCACUACAGCCGUUAACAAUUCACUAAUGGGAAUCAAAGUGACCACUGUAGCUGUUCAUUCAACAUCUCAAACAGCCACAGCACUCACUGUGCCUGCAAUUUCUUCAGCACCUGCACAUAAAACUGUCAAGAACCCAGUGAAUAACGUGCGGCCUGGUUUUCCAGUCUCUCUUCCAUUAGCAUAUCCUCCUCCACAGUUUGCACAUGCUUUACUUGCUGCUCAAACUUUCCAACAAAUCCGUCCACCACGGUUGCCCAUGACCCACUUCGGAGGUACUUUUCCACCAGCUCAGUCUACCUGGGGUCCUUUUCCUGUUAGGCCUUUGAGCCCUGCAAGAGCUACUAACUCACCUAAACCUCACAUGGUGCCUCGCCAUAACAGUCAGAACAGCAGUGGUUCUCAGGUGAAUUCAACAAGUUCUCUAACUACUAGUCCGACAGUUACAAGUUCAACAGCCUCUGCUGUGCCUGUUUCAUCUACAAAUGGCACUCCCAGUUCACCUUCAGUCAGAAGGCAGCUUUUUGUUACAGUUGUGAAAACAUCUAAUGCCACUACAACCACAAUCACAACCACAGCAAGUAACAACAGUACAGCACCUACAAAUGCCACAUAUCCCAUCCCUACUGCCAAAGAACACUACCCUGUCUCAUCCCCAUCAUCCCCUUCACCACCAGCUCAGCCAGUAGCGGUUUCUAGAAACAGUCCUUUGGACUGUGUAACAACCUCUCCGAAUAAAGGGGCAUCUUCCUCUGACCAGGAAGCAGCUAGUCCACCAGUAGUGGAAACAAGUAAUUCAGCCAGCAGUGGGCAGCUGAGUGCUAGUUCUGUUGGGAGUUCCUCAGUGCACCCUGCUCACCAACAGUCCCCAGGAUCUCUUUCUCAAGAAGCAAGACCGUCUCCACAGCAACCUCAGGUUCCUCCACCAGAUCCUAGAAUGGUUGUGCCUCCAAACUUAGCAACAAGUUCAUCUGCCCCAGUGGUAGGUUCGACAAAUGCCCCCAUGACCUAUCCCUUGCCUCCGACAUCAAUGGCAUCAACUCAACCUCCAGCUAAAAUGGAAACCCCUGCUAUCAAACCACCUGCCCAUGGAACAAAUACUGCUCACAAGACUCCAGCUCCUGUGCAGAAUUCUGUUGCAGUCCUCAAUGUAAAUCACAUUAAAAGGCCCCACAGUGUUCCUUCUUCAGUGCAGCUUCCUUCUACCUUAAGUACACAAACUGCUUCUCAAAAUUCAGCCCAUCCAGCAAACAAAUCUAUGGGUACUAACUUCAGUGCGUCUUUGCCAUUUGGGCCCUUUAGCACAUUGUUUGAGAACAGUUCCACUUCUGCUCAUGCCUUCUGGGGUGGAUCUGUAGUUUCAUCUCAGACAACACCAGAGUCCAUUCUAUCAGGGAAGUCUUCGUUUUUGCCAAACUCAGAACCCUUGCAUCAGUCUGAUACUUCCAAAGCCCCAGGUUUUAGGCCACCGUUACAAAGACCAGGUCCAAGUCCCUCAGGUAUUGUCAGUAUGGAUUCACCGUAUGCUUCUGUAACACCUUCUUCUGCACAUUUGGGUAACUUUGCCUCGAACCUUUCGGGCGGUCAGAUAUAUGCACCUGGGCCACCCCUGGGCGGAGCACCUUCAGCUGCUAAUUUUAACAGACAACAUUUUUCCCCACUUAGUUUAUUGCCUCCAUGUUCAUCAGCAUCAAAUGAAUCUACUGCUCAGUCAAUGUCAUCUGGAGUUAGAGCACCAUCUCCUACCCCUUCAGCAGUGUCCUUGGGGUCAGGAAAGCCCAGCAAUGUGUCUCCGGACAGAAAGGUUCCUGUUCCAAUUGGGACUGAACGUUCUGCACGUAUUAGACAAACUGGAACUUCUACUCCAUCCGUUAUUGGGAGCAAUUUAGCCACUCCCGUGGGGCAUAGUGGCAUCUGGUCCUUUGAAGGGAUAGGUGGCAAUCAAGAUAAAGUAGAUUGGUGUCACAGUGGAAUGGGAAGUCAUAUGAUCCACAGGCCAAUGUCUGAUCCAGGAGUGUUUUCACAUCAAACGAUGGAGCGAGACAGUACAGGAAUUGUAACCCCUUCCGGUACAUUCCAUCAGCAUGUUCCUGCAGGAUAUAUGGAUUUUCCUAAAGUCGGGGGUAUGCCUUUCUCUGUAUAUGGGAAUGCAAUGAUUCCUCCUGUAGCACCCAUUGCAGAUGGUAAUGGAGGUCCUAUGUUUAAUGGACCUCAUGCUGCUGACCCAUCUUGGAACUCAUUGAUAAAGAUGGUUUCAAAUUCCACAGAAAACAAUGGCCCUCAAACGGUGUGGACUGGAACUUGGACACCUCACAUGAACAGUGUGCAUAUGAACCAACUUGGCUGAGUGGGAUCAACUUGUUAGCCUGGAGAUUGCUUUUUAUUCAGAGGAAAACACAAAUGGCCGUUUAAUAUGCUCCCAAAUCAUUCUACUGAUGUGCUUGACUGAAGUGUGUAGGCUUUUGCAGAAGAACUUACUAACUGACCUUUUUCUGUGAACAUUGUGACCGCCCAUUCCCCACCCAUCAUAUGUUUCAACUUAGUUAGCGUUUACUCUUCUUUUUUUUAUUUUUUGGACAUAACUUUCUGUUGAAACUGUUCUUUGGCUGGUUGAUUUUAGUACUGUAAACUGCUUCUGAGCAAACACAGAAAUUUAGCAAAAUUAUGUAAACUUGAUCCUGAAGUUUUAGAAUGGCAAAUAAAUGUACAAUUGUUUACAUAACGGAAAUGGCUAAGCAGAAAGUAAAUUUCAGUAUGUCAGUAUAGAGGCUCUACUUUAUGUAGACUUAAAUUAAUGUGAGAUAUGUACCUUCAUAUUCAGAAAUCUGGAUGUUUCCUUCAUACAUUAAACUAUUAAUAAGCAUAACUUUUCUACUUGUGUAAUUUAAGUACAGUAUAAAAGUGGGAAUUAUCAGUGGGUUUCCAAUUAUAUACCUUGGAUUUUUGAAAAGUCAUACAUCUGUUUAUUUUUCUCUUGUAACCAGAUACAUAUUAAAAGUAAGUUUCCAUUUUCUUCUAUGCAGGGUUUUCAAUUAAAAAAAAAAAUUCUUGAGAUUAUAGCCUUCUGGCAUUUCCAGAACUGUCUCCAUGCUAACACCAGUAGAGUUCCCCAGUGAAUAUUAGUGAAUGUGCCAGCCUGCAGCAGUCAGUUACAAAUGACUCUUGCAGAUAGGUGGAUGCAGUGAGGUAUGUUUAGUUCUCUGACCAUUCUAAGUGCAUCCAUUUAGUUCCUCCCAAUCAUCAGAGAAGAAAAAUUUGCAACUGUUUUUGGCUGUUGGAGUAAAAGUAAGCACACCCACUGGCACUUAGUAGUAGAGAUUCAUUAAUGAAACUGCCUCCAAACCAAGGCUUAUUUUUUCAAGAAUUAGUGGUUUAAUUAGAGCAGGCGAUGUUUUAUUCUGAACUGUGCGUCUGCCUGAUCAAAGUUAAUUUUGAACAUUCCAAAAUGAAAUUUCUGUGUAAACGAUCAUCUUUAAUAGCUUUUAUCAUGUUUUGCUUUUAAAGUUUCCUGGAGUGAAAACACCAGUAUGCUCUGCAAAGGAACAUCAACAAACUGUAGAGUAGUGGUUCUCAAACUUUUCUGCUGGUGACCCCUUUCAGAUAGCAAGCCUCUGAGUGCAACCCCUCUCCCACCAUAAAUUAAAAACACUUUUUAUAUAUUUAACACCAUUAUAAAUGCUGGAGGCAAAACGGGGUUUGGGGUGGAAGCUGACAGCUUGCGACCCCCCCCCCCCACAUGUAAUAACCUUGCGACCCCCUGAGGUGUCCCGACCCCCAGUUUGAGAACCCCUGCUGUAGAGCAAGUUCAGAAGUACUAUUAAGGCAAGCCUUUGACAGCUUGAAACACAAAGCUAUUUUAACCCAAGAUCCCAGUUUAUAACAAAAAUGACUGUAUAUGUGUGAUUAUACAAUAUAACCAAAUUUAUAAACUAGAUCUACAAAUUAACUGUAAUAUUGUGGGAACAAAUCCAACAUUGUCUAUCAUUUGCUUUUUGAAAUAAAAAUGUAAAAAGGUAAAGCUUUUUAAGGUACAGUGUCAAUCAAAUUCACCCUUUUAUAUGGUGAAUUAGUCCUGACAAACUUUAGAUAAAUCUUAAUUGAAUGAAUAUUCCAAAUUAAUUAGAUUAAUUUUGUUUGUUGGCUGUAAAACUGGAUUUUUAAAAUGCUGUUUCAUAACUUACUAUAAUUACUCUCUUAAAGCCAGAAGGAAAAAUGAUUUUUCCAAAGCUAUUAUACAGCCUUUUAAAUAUUGAGAUGCUACAUUUGAGAUGUUCAGAAGUUCAUGAAUACCAGUAUCAGUAUACAUGCCCUAAGGUGGUGCUCUAAAUCUAAGUAAACUCAUUUUUCCAGCUGUAUGUGAUUCCUCCUUCUGAAAUCUAAUGUGUGAAGAAUUAGUUGGAUCAAAAUGGAUACUUAACUGAACAGCUGUUAAUAAAAAAAAAUCAAUUUAAAUUCAAUUUCAGCACUUUACUAUGAGUGGGGAAUAAUGCUAUUAAGGUAUUUUAUAUAACGUUUACCACUCUCCUAUAAUUUUAUUAUUAAUGCUUCUCCAGUGCUAACAGGGAUUAUUUUUACUCUUGAAAUAAUCCUUCUGAGGAAUAAAUACUGCUCAAUAUUUAUUACAACAAAAUGUAUUCUGUGGGUCAAAAAAACUGAGUUUCUUAGGAUGUGGUUUCUUAUAAAGCUAUCUGUAUUUUGUUGACUUGAAAACAAAACUGUAGACACCGGAAUAUAGGCUGGAAUGCCCCAUGUUUCGUUUGUGGGAUCAGGCUUGUUAAAUAAAAUACUGGGGUUUUUAGAAGUCUGUACUAGGAACAUUUUUCAGAUACAUUUUUUAUAUUUCAAAUGUAAUGCCUUUUAUUUGACCAAUAAAAAAAAGGAACAUACUCUUUUGAGACCUG